CUCUCUCUCUCUCUCUCUCUCUGCUCUGAUCGAUCGAUCAGCCUCAGAGGGUUUGAUCUCAGUUGUGUCAGUUGUAUUGACUCUGUAUCGGUAGCGGUGGUCGUGUCGGGGUCUGUGCUCGGUCUCGGUCUGGUUUUAUCUGGUCUCUUCUGGUUCCAGCUGCGUGUUCCGGAACUUUUUUGCCUCGGUGUGAAGUCUUGGUCUCGGGUUAACAGUUAGCAUCUGUCUGCCGGAGGAGCUUUAGCUUCUGUCAGCUUCAUCACACGGAACAUUCCCGCAUCCGAGUCUCUGUUUCACACCGACCGAACCUCUACCCACCAUACCCCCCAACUGCGGUCCGGAUCGGACUCUUUGCUCAGCGACGCUGGUAAGCCGGUUCGGUUCAGUUAGCAGGGCAGCUAAGCUAACAAGCUAACUGCUAGCCUGAGUUAGCAGCUAGCACUGAGCCCGGGCUGCCUCUGUGCUCCUCAUGCCGGCGAUGCUGGAAAGAAACCCGGAGGCUCCGGGAAAGAGGAGAGGUAGAGCCCCGGCGGGCGGCGGCAGCAGCGGCCCCGGAGCAGCGGCGAACCCCGGCGCAAAGAAUCUGUCCGGUAAUGGAACCAGCACAAACAGCUGCUGGGAAGAAGGAAGUUCAGGAUCCAGCAGCGACGAGGAGCAUGGUGGAGGAGGGAUGCGGGUCGGAUCGCAAUAUCAGGCCGUGGUUCCGGAUUUUGACCCGGAAGUGGCCCAGGCAGCUCAGCUCAGAGAAAACCUGGGGAUGUUGGUUUGGAUCCCUAGCAGCUGUCUGAACCAGACUCAGUUGGACGAGUACAUUGCCAUCGCCAAAGAGAAACACGGCUACAACAUGGAGCAGGCUCUGGGGAUGCUCUUCUGGCACAAACACAACAUCGAGAAGUCUCUGGCUGAUCUGCCGAACUUCACCCCGUUUCCUGAUGAGUGGACAGUGGAGGACAGAGUGCUGUUUGAACAGGCCUUCAGCUUUCACGGCAAGAGCUUCCACCGCAUCCAGCAGAUGUUACCUGAUAAGUCGAUGGCCAGUCUGGUUCGGUUUUAUUAUUCCUGGAAGAAAAGUCGCAGUAAAACCAGUCUGAUGGACCGACAGACCCGGAAACACAAGAGAGAGCGAGAUGACAGCGACGAUGAAGUUGAAGACGGAAACAGAAAUCCUCCGAGUGACUCGGAGUUCGACCAAAGUAAAGACGACAAGAAGGAGGUGAGUUCUGGAUCAGAGAGGUCAGAGGUGAAACCAGCAGCCGGACUGAAGACAGGUGGUAAGGCGUCUCAGCGGAUGAAGAAACGUCCUCCUAGAGGAAUGUUUUUGAAUCAGCAGGACGUCGUCUCUCUCUCGUCUUCAUCUGCUCAGGGACUCAUCAGACAUCUGGACUGUCAGCUGGUCUCCAUCAAGAGACAGAUUCAGACCAUCAAACAGACGAACAGCGCUCUGAAGGAGAAGCUCAGCUCAGGAGUUGAGGAGUUCAAGCAACCUGAGGUGAAUCAGAAGUUUAACACUCGUUGGACCACAGAGGAGCAGCUGCUCGCUGUACAAGCCAUCAGGAAGUAUGGGCGGGACUUCCAGGCAAUCUCAGAUGUGAUUGGUAACAAGUCGGUGGUUCAGGUGAAGAACUUCCUGGUGAAUUACAGACGGAGGUUCAACCUGGACGAGGUUCUUCAGGAGUGGGAGGCCGAACACGGCAUGGAGGGAGGAGACGUGGGAGACAGGGGAGUAGAGGAGGACAAGAUGGAGGACAAGAUGGAAGUUUGUCCUGCUGAGGAGGAGGAGGUUACUGCCAAGGAGACAAAGGAGGACUCGUCCUCUCCGCUGGACUCCCAGAAGCCUCUGGCCUCCUGAGACAUUCUGGCCCGCCCCUCUAGUUUUAUGAUGUCUUCAUUUUAUUUUAUUUUGUUGUAUUUUCUCAGUUUAUCACUUAGAGUGUGUUGAACUUUAAUUGAUGAGUCGAUUGACCAGGUUUGAGGUUUGUAUCAUUAAUUGUCACCUGUCAUUACUGCUCUCUCUGGACCAAUCAGAAAUCAGACAUGACCUGUCAAUCAAAGUGGGAGGGGCCUGGUUUAUGUCUUUUUUUCAUAUUUUCUGUUUUAAAUCUGCUGUUUUUG